CGCCACACAAGGACGAAGAUGAUGGUCUGUAUCCGACGAGGACCCAUCGCCUCUUGUUGCACUGCCUGGCAAGUUCUUCUAUCAACAAUAUUGAAGAAAUCAUGCCAAAGUCCUUGCUGAGAGCCAAGGUCCAGUACUUGGCGACUGCCGAUGGCGGCAAGGCCACCUACUACGCGUCCGAGGCUGGAGUGGACCAUGCCCAAGCGCACGAUGGUCAGUUUCGCUAUUGCGAGGUGGAGAUCCACAAUGGACGCAACAAUCCAAACUGGAACGUGGACAAGGAGGGUUUUCAAUUGUUGGCAGAUCAAUCCACAUCCGUGACGGAUUUCCAAAAUGAGGAGCAAGUUACGAGUGUCUUUUACAAAGAAGUCGAGGAGAUUCUGUUGAAGCACAUAAAAGGGGCCACAAGAGUGGAGAUUUUUGAUCAUACACGCCGUGCCUCGACGGCCGCACUGCGACAAAGGCUUCAAUGUCGAGAGCCAUCGGCCAUUGUCCACAAUGACUACACGGGAAAAUCCGCCACAAAACGCCUGUAUGACAUGCUCCCCGAGGAAGCACCCUCUUUAUCGCAAAAGCGAUUUGCCAUUGUCAAUUUGUGGAGAUCCAUUGCGGGAACGACCGUGCAGAGUUCCCCCUUGGCCUUUUGCGAUUCCACCAGUAUGAACGUUCAUCAGGAGUUGAUUUCGGUCAAGCGAGUAGCCAAGAAUCGGAUUGGGGAGCUCCAAAUGGCUCUGUACAGUCCCGACCACAAGUGGUACUACUUUCCCCAAUUGUUGACUGCCAAGGAAGUGCUCAUUUUCAAGACAUUUGAUUCCUGCGCGGACAAGAACCAAUUCACCAUCCAUACGGCAUUGGACGGGGUGGGAGACGUAUCCGUGCCUCGGCAGAGUAUUGAGAUUCGGGCCUUUGUCUUUUUCGAUUGAGCAGAGAACCACCACAACUUCAAUAGGAGGGAGAAGAAGAAAUGGCGUGUCCAGGCCUAUUUGCUAACAUUCUAUCCUACUGUACCGGUAGGAGUGUUUGACUUUUGACUGACAAACCAAGAAGACGUUGAUCCAUAGAAGGUCUACACCCAAGGCAACGCUGCAAGGAGAAGAUGACGACCGACACACGGUGUCUCGGUUCUGUAGGGUGUUACUGUGCUUGCUCUAUUUUUACAAUGUGUGCCUAUUUCUAUCCGCCAAGCCAACAUCAUGAGGCCUCCUCCGACUCGGACGCCACAUUGUUCUUUCGAGGGACUCUGUACUUUUUGGCGGCUUGCGCGUGCCGUUGCAUCUUGACUUGCAAUUCUUGCACGUGAGCUUGGACGGUCUCCAGGUCUCGACCAUGUGCUUCCACUCUCUCCCACUGAGAUUGUAAGGUUUGAUCCAUGCCUUCCAGCUGUUGUCCAAUGGCGUCCAGUUUGGCGUCCAUUUCCUCCAGUCGAUACUGCAAGAAUGCCUCUGCAGCAGCCUUUUGGAUGGUCUUGACGUCUUGCACUCCCAUGGUUUCUUUUUGCCUUUCUUUCUUUGACGGCAAUACAGUUUUAUGAACUGUCAAUUGGGACUUUAUGCUGUUCUGUGUGGCGGAGCGUGAGUACAUAUUGGCCGUUGCGCGUGGGUAACAACUGAUCAGUAGCGUGGGACUUUCCGGUGUCUAGUCCUUGUCGAGCAGCCGCACGCCAA